CAGUUGGUCUAGUAUCCACACCACCAACUAUUACCUUUAGUAAUUAGGUGGCGAACGAAGCGGAGCGGAGCGAGCCACCGUGCCCGAAGCGUGGCGAGCGUACUUUUCGGGUACCUUGUUCGGCCGCAGCUCCUCCCCCUGGUGACGGGUCUCCUCCCCUAGAUACGUCAGAAGGUCCCUUCUCCCACUCCAAUAUAGAACCAACCUUCCUUUCCCAUGUGUUUCCUGGUGCUGUAGGGUAGCAGAGACAUGGAUGUGCUAGCAAAGGAGUUUGGGAAUCUCACUCAGGAACAGCUAAUAGCUCCUAUUGAUACUGUGGAGGAAAAAUGGAAACUACUGCCAGCAUUCCUGAAGGUAAAGGGCCUUGUGAAGCAGCACAUAGAUUCAUUCAAUUACUUCAUCAAUGUAGAGAUUAAAAAGAUAAUGAAAGCGAAUGAAAAAGUGACAAGUGAUGCAGAUCCAAUGUGGUACUUGAAGUACCUUAAUAUUUAUGUAGGGGUUCCAGAUGUAGAAGAAAGCUUUAAUGUGACCCGACCAGUAUCGCCACACGAGUGUCGUCUCCGCGAUAUGACUUACUCUGCCUCUAUCACCGUUGAUAUUGAAUACACAAGAGGCAGCCAAAGAAUUAUCCGCAAUGCUUUACCUAUUGGCAGGAUGCCCAUCAUGCUGCGCAGUUCCAACUGUGUCCUUACCGGGAAGACUCCAGCAGAGUUUGCCAAGUUAAAUGAGUGCCCAUUGGAUCCAGGUGGCUACUUUAUUGUUAAAGGAGUAGAAAAAGUGAUUCUCAUUCAAGAACAACUGUCCAAAAAUAGGAUUAUUGUGGAAGCUGACCGGAAAGGGGCUGUUGGGGCCUCAGUGACCAGCUCUACCCAUGAAAAGAAAAGCAGAACCAACCUAGUUAUGAAGCAGGGGAGAUUCUAUUUGAAGCACAACACAUUGUCGGAGGAUAUUCCUAUUGCCAUUAUUUUCAAGGCGAUGGGCGUGGAAUGCGACCAAGAAAUCGUUCAAAUGAUCGGAACGGAGGAGCACGUGGUGGCAGCUUUUGGUCCAAGUUUGGAAGAGUGCCAAAAGGCACAGAUUUUCACCCAGAUGCAGGCUUUAAAGUAUAUUGGUAAUAAAGUGAGGAGACAGAGGAUGUGGGGAGGCGGUCCUAAAAAGUCCAGAGUGGAUGAAGCCCGUGAGCUGCUUGCUUCAACCAUCCUUACUCAUGUACCGGUUAAAGAGUUCAAUUUCAGAGCAAAAUGUAUCUACACUGCUGUGAUGGUCCGCAGGGUGAUCCUGGCUCAAGGAGAACAUAAAGUAGAUGAUCGAGAUUACUAUGGAAACAAGAGAUUGGAGCUGGCAGGACAGCUGCUGUCACUUUUAUUUGAAGACUUGUUUAAAAAAUUUAACUCUGAGAUGAAAAAGAUUGCUGACCAGGUCAUCCCGAAACAACGGGCGGCUCAGUUUGAUGUUGUGAAACACAUGCGUCAGGACCAAAUCACCAAUGGCAUGGUGAAUGCCAUAUCUACGGGGAAUUGGUCUUUGAAAAGAUUUAAAAUGGACCGUCAAGGCGUGACGCAGGUGCUGUCGCGAUUAUCUUACAUAUCCGCCUUGGGCAUGAUGACGAGAAUAUCUUCUCAGUUUGAAAAGACAAGGAAAGUCAGUGGUCCACGGUCGCUGCAGCCGUCUCAGUGGGGUAUGCUGUGUCCUUCCGAUACUCCAGAAGGAGAGGCUUGCGGUUUAGUGAAAAACCUUGCGCUAAUGACGCAUAUCACGACUGAUAUGGAGGAUGGCCCUAUAAUCAAAUUAGCCAGUAAUCUUGGAGUAGAAGAUGUCAAUCUGCUAUGUGGCGAAGAGCUGGCAUAUCAAAACAUAUUUCUCGUCUUUCUUAAUGGAAACAUUCUCGGGGUUAUCAGAGACCACCAUAAACUGGUCAACACCUUUCGAUUAAUGAGACGGGCUGGAUAUAUCAAUGAGUUUGUCUCCAUCUCCACAAACCUGACGGACAGAUGUGUGUACAUCUCUUCUGACGGAGGCCGGCUGUGCAGGCCUUAUAUCAUUGUCAAAUCUCAGAAGCCUGCAGUUACCAACAAGCAUAUCCAGGAGCUCUCUCAGGGAUACAGGAGCUUUGAGGAUUUUCUCCAUGAAAGUCUGGUGGAGUAUUUAGAUGUAAAUGAAGAAAAUGAUUGUAAUAUAUCGCUCUAUGAACACAUGAUAACCAAGCAAACUACGCAUUUGGAGAUUGAGCCAUUUACGUUGCUUGGGGUCUGCGCUGGGCUCAUUCCAUACCCACACCAUAACCAGUCCCCAAGAAACACUUACCAGUGUGCUAUGGGUAAACAAGCUAUGGGAACAAUUGGAUACAAUCAGAGGAAUAGAAUUGACACCUUAAUGUACUUGCUGGCAUAUCCACAAAGGCCGAUGGUAAAGACCAAGACCAUCGAGCUCAUUGAGUUUGAGAAACUUCCCGCUGGACAGAAUGCUACCGUGGCUGUGAUGAGUUAUAGCGGCUACGACAUUGAAGAUGCCCUUGUAUUGAAUAAAUCAUCAUUAGACAGAGGCUUUGGACGCUGCCUUGUGUACAAGAAUGCCAAGUGCACACUGAAACGCUACAGCAAUCAGACCUUUGAUAAAGUCAUGGGUCCUAUGUUGGAUGCCAACACACGCAAGCCCAUUUGGAGACAUGAGAUCUUAGACGCAGACGGCAUCUGUUCGCCAGGGGAAAAAGUGGAAAACAAACAAGUGCUUGUAAACAAGUCAAUGCCGACCGUCACCCAGACCUCCCUAGAGGGCAGUAGUGUGCCACAGCAACCACAGUUCAAAGAUGUACCAGUAACUUAUAAAGGGUCUACUGAGUCCUACAUUGAGAAAGUAAUGAUUUCAUCAAAUGCAGAAGAAGCAUUUUUGAUUAAAAUCCUGCUGAGACAAACAAGACGGCCAGAAAUUGGUGACAAAUUCAGCAGUCGGCAUGGACAAAAAGGUGUGUGUGGUUUAAUUGUUCCACAAGAAGAUAUGCCAUUUUGUGACACUGGCAUCUGCCCUGAUAUUGUCAUGAAUCCUCAUGGCUUUCCAUCUCGUAUGACGGUUGGAAAGCUAAUUGAACUCUUGGCUGGAAAGGCCGGGGUCCUGGAUGGCAGAUUUCACUACGGAACAGCCUUUGGUGGAAGCAAAGUGAAGGAUGUCUGUGAAGACCUCAUUCGAUACGGCUACAACUACUUAGGGAAAGAUUAUGUGACAUCUGGCAUCACUGGUGAACCUCUUGAGGCCUACAUUUACUUCGGACCCGUGUACUAUCAGAAGUUGAAGCACAUGGUGCUGGACAAGAUGCAUGCACGAGCUAGAGGCCCCAGGGCUGUUCUUACAAGGCAGCCCACCGAAGGGCGAUCCCGUGAUGGUGGGUUGCGACUCGGAGAAAUGGAGCGUGAUUGUUUGAUUGGCUAUGGAGCCAGCAUGCUAUUGCUGGAGAGACUGAUGAUUUCAAGUGAUGCCUUUGAGGUAGACGUCUGCGGAGAAUGCGGGUUACUCGGCUAUUCCGGCUGGUGCCAUUACUGCAAGUCCUCCUGUCAUGUAUCUUCUCUGAGAAUCCCAUAUGCCUGCAAGCUACUAUUCCAAGAACUACAGUCAAUGAAUAUUAUACCCAGACUUAAGCUGUCAAGAUACAAUGAGUGAAUAUUAUUUCAGAAACCUUGAGCUCCUAGUGAAUUUUUUUUUUAAUCAAAACUGGGAAAUGAAAGCAUUGGAACACUUGAGUGUUUGAAUGUGCCGCAGUUUGCUUGUGAACCUCAGCGGUCUGUAGGGCUGGUGAUUUAUGCCAAGCACUCAAUUUCAUUUUUGUUUCUUACACAUUCUGAGUGUGAGCGUUUGUAUUAUAUCUGUAAAAUAGAAGUAAAAAUGUUUAAAGAACAUUUAAAGUGUCUUUGAUAUAAAGGCGUUUGUAUUCUUAUUUAUGAUUAAUGUUCUAUGCCAACAAUAAAAAAUAAAGAACAUAUUAAUGUGA